AUGGCAGACAAGCCACUUAUGAGCCUGGCUCCUUGCGCGAGCACAGCAUCCUUAUUCAUAUUCGCACAGGGCUCGUCAAUUGCCUGCGUGAAGCACGAUACCCUUCAGCUUGAACGUCGAUUCGAAGCACACGCCGCCGAUAUUACAUUAAUUGCUGCCGAUACCAGUGCUGAAACUGGUGAUGGUCAGGUGAUAAGUUUGGACGUCUCAAAAGAGGCGGUGGUUUGGGAUUCAGGAUCGGGAGAGGAAAUCUCCAGGUUUACAGCGUAUGAAGAGAUUCGGGUGGCCACAUUCCUGAGAAAUGGAACUAUCGCCCUUGGUGACAAUAUGGGCAACAUCAUCUUGUUCGACCCUGUUCGGUCAGAGGCUGUCUCUUGCCGGACGUUUCAGAUGCCAAUAUGUGCGCUGGCACCAUCCGCGGAUUCUAAGUUUUUUGCUAUUGGUUAUCAAAAUGGUACAGUAAUUAUAGCCACUCUCAUGCCGACAUUUGUCAUUCACCAUACUCUAGCAAACGGGAACGCCUCUUCGUUCCCGGUAACAGUGCUAGCAUGGCAUGGUUCAUCGUCAAGACAGAAGUCGGACAUGUUGGCUACCCAAUCAAAUGAUGGUGAUCUUAAAGUCUGGAGUAUUGCAAAGCCCAUCGAUGGAGGCGAGGUUGCGAGAGUGGUCCGUGUUUUAAAGAAACCAGAUGCAUAUCCAAGCCGCAGGAACUGGAUGGCAUGGUCAAGAAACGGACGCAUUUUGCAAUAUUCGGAUUAUGAUACUUCAAUAUGGGAUGUCAGGACGAAGAAAGUGGCAUGGGAGUCUGUUAUGAGCAAAUCGAACGUCUUGGCUCUGUCUGUAUAUGGACCAAAGGGCCUUAUGUUCACUAUCGACAGACACCAGAAUGUGCAGCAGUACAAUCUGUAUCCUCCGCAGAUGGUAGCUAAUGUUCAACAUCUACCGGCCAAUGCGCCGCCUUCUCCUCCAAUGUCGGUUUCUCAUGACAAUUCGAGGCCAAACAGCAAUAGGAAGACAGAGAUGGAGCGAACGGAGAGCCAGAGGUCAGUGGCUAUGGAAAGAUCUGACAGUAAAGCCUCCAAGUUUUCUCAGGAUGCUCGAGCAAUUGCAGCUAUGAAGAGGGACGAAACAAGAACCCCCCUCGGCCAAAUUGCCCAUGAACUUGAGAUGUUGGAGGAACUGGAAAAGUCGCACCUGAAAUCCAGUAACAUGGCGAGGUCUGAUUCUAUGCAAUCUUCAGGCACUGGAAUUAGCCAUCAUCAAAAAUCCGCGUCAGUUGCUUCUUCUAUUAAAUCAUAUACGUCAGGCACAGGAGCUAGCGACACAACUUCAUUGGCCUCUCCAAGAGGAUUUGAUGAUAUGGCCACCCCGAGAAGGUUCCAUCCUCUCUCUCAGGAAAUUGGCAUGUCUCCAAUCACACCAAAAGCCCCAUCGGAUGCUUUGCAACCAGUUCCAUAUGCGCAGCGCAAUGUGAAUGGCGACCCGCUACCAACUCCUGGCUUGCCACCUUCCAAUGGUGAUUUCUAUGACGAGCAGUUGUACAUGGUCCCUCCUGUUGGACAGCUUGAGCUUUUCCCCAACUUGAAAGAUAAGCUUGCUGGUAUCACAUAUAGAACACCAAUGCACACUGAUCGCGCAAGAUAUGACGAUGAGAGAAGAAGGGAGAUGUUUUCGUCUGUUUUUGGAUUCGAGGGUGAUGCAGAAGCUCUAAUUAGAGAAGAAAUUGCCCAGCAUCCCGCGCGGUCUCUACAAUCGCUUAUGCUCCGACUUUGGCUUCAUGACCUUGAUGCGAACGCUCUCAAUGUUUUGAUGGGAUCAGAAACUUUGGUACCAAGCGAUUGGCUGUUCAUCGCCUUGUCAGCAAUGGGUGGUCAGAAAUCCUGGCAACAGACGGUUCGAGUCUUUAUCAUGAGACUCAUCCAGAAAGGCGAUGUUCACAAUGCUGUCAUGUGUUUCCUGAUGAUUGGAGAGCGAGACCAAGCUAUUGAGCACUAUGUCAGCAAUAAAAAGUAUAUGGAAGCAGUUCUCCUGACUGCCCUGAUGUACAAAGAAUGGAGGAGGCUCUCUAUAUUAGUCAGGAAAUGGGGAGAACAUGCAGCGGAGAACAAUGAGGGGUCACUAGCCAUGAGAUGCUUUGCUAUCACAGAAAAUAUCCCUGAUCCGGUUCCAACGCCGGCUCCAACAACCGGAAACCACUCUAGAAAAUCUUCGCUAUCUGGAAGUAUAAAGUCGCCCACAUCUCCACAGAAAGCACAAAACGUCCUUUCAAAACCGGAGCGUCCAAUUUCUCCAAGAGUCGGAUCCUCUGUGCGCAAUACAGCUGCCCGUCUGUUUGGGUUUGGAGAUAAAGACAAAGAAAAGAAGCAUACCAAUUCUAAUGAAGCAAAUAUCAUGGACAUGCCAUGGAACAGGCCCAUCGACGAUCAGCGAAAUCAGCCUCAACCUAGCAGGAUUAACACAGAUGUUACCCUGACCGGUGCGGAAGCAGUUGAUAAGAAGGAAAUGAUUAUUUCCGGACCUAUCAAUACUACCCCUGUAGAUGGCAGAAUUGGUACUCCCGCUCUCCAGAGAGUUGCUAGUCCUGGUUUCCCAGCACCAGGAAGAGUUGGCAGCCCUGCACUUUCGAUGCACAAUACUAACAAUCUUCCUGUGCGCACGAUUUCACCAAAACCUCCUUCGAUUGUUGAUCGAACUGCUAGCCCGAGACCAACAAUCACUGGGUCACAGCUACCACAAAGGAUCGAAAGUCCUGGCCCUGAACGGAUGGCAAGCCCUAGUCCUGCUCCGUCAAUGGCUGUUUCAAACUAUGGCCCAUCUAGGGUUGCUAGUCCAGCUCAGGACGGCGGUUUAGCCGUUCCACAAAGGACGGGAAGCGCACUUUCUCAGCGCAAGCCUCCAGGCCUCCAUAUCCAACUAUCUUCAUUCCAUGACGUUCUUGCUUCUGAACCUAGUCCCGAGUUGAUUAGAACACACCCCAAGGGCCCCUUACACCAGGCAAACAGAUCUGUGAGCAAACUUCAUGAGGUUGAGGUUCCGGAGGAGGAUGAGAUCCCACCACCACCACCAAUGCCAACCAGGAAGGCCUCGCUCUCCCAAGCUUCUAAGCCUAUCCAAAAGUCACCACCUCCACAGGCUCCUGCUCCCCAAACUCGUCGCUAUGAUGACUCCCCCGAAGAGGAUUAUGAUAUCAGGACCCAGAGUUCUGUUCAACCGGUGAGACGAAACACGGUCAACAAUAACAAUAGUAAUAGUCGGCAUCAACAGCAAUCCCACCACCGCAGACAAGAGUCUGAGAGGGAUCAGAGCUUUGCUGAAGAUUCCUAUGAUGACGAUGAUGAUUCUGCCCAGGAAGAAGCUGAAAGGAACCUCGAAGCUAGACGUCGCAGCUUGGAGAGACUUGAGCAGGAGAUGGAGAAUGUUAGACUCCAAAGGGCUCGUAGCAUUACCAGGCAGAGGGAUACCGAUAACAACUCCCGUGGAGGUGUUCGCAGAGUUAAAUCUCCUGAGCAGACCAAAGGAGGUACUAUUCGCGCCAAACCCAGGCAACAGCACCAGCCUGUGGAUUUCACCACCGAGGAAGAGUACAGUGAAGAGGAGAGGAGCAAGCCUGCACCAAGGAAAGCGUAUGGUGGCUAUGAUACUUCAGAGGUAUCCGAAGUAUCCGAAGUUGAUGAAAGAUAUUACAACCAACGGACCUCCACACGACCUCCAGUCGGCAGGGUACCAUCGAGGACGCAGAAUCGGACCCCACGCGUCGCUUCUAGGAAUGGCCAUCGUGCACCACCUGCUAGAGUUCCUUCUCGAAACCAAGCGAGGACCCCCGCGAGGUACAGGGAGGAAACUGAGGAGGAUGAAGAAGAGGAAUACGCCCCGCGAAGGGUUCUUUCGAGAACACAGAAUCGUACUCCCAAGCCCCGAGCCUAUGAAGCUGAUAGGGCGAUGUCCCCUCCACAGAGAGGUGCAUCCAGGAAUACCAAUAAAACCCCUCGCCCUCGCUACGAAGAAUUUACCGAGGAGGACGAAGAGGAGCUACCUCGCCAUCGGAAGAAGACGCCAGCCCCCCGCCAACACGAAGAAUUUACUGAGUCGGAAGCGGAUGACUUCAGGGCACCUCAAAGACAACCCUCGCGAAACCAAAUCCGCCCUGCUCAGAGGUAUGCUAUCGAAGCUGAGUCUGAGUAUGAAAUACAACAACCUCCUUCUCGUUCAGCGAGUCGAGCUGGACCACCUCGUUCGAAGACUCCCCUAAGCGCUCUCAACAAUAAGCCACCAUCCCGAACUACUACUCCUUCCGGCGGCCACAGACGCGCUCCCUCAGUUUCUAGAAAUGAACCUCCACUUCCUACCUCCGCAGUUGCCAAUAUCGCCAAGGCUACUUCCCCAGUUCCUGACUAUGAUCGUCACGACUACGACCUUCCAGCUCUUGCCGCUGCAGCCGCUGCCGCAAAGAACACAUCUCCACCACCAGAGCGGAAAAAUUCCAUCCUUGACAACGACCGUAAACCAUCGCACCCUCAAAUCCUUCGCGCGAAGCUUAACACCCUUCCAGCGAUCCCGCAAUCCCCAAUGGGUCUCCCAGCUGAUCUUCCAACUCAUCCUGCAUUUGCUGGAAAUAUGCGAGCAACCACUGGCCUAGCUCGUAAACCCGCUGCGCCAAAGUCAGACGACAUCAGAACCCAAACUGUCAGCAUCCAAGGUAACGGUGGUCCCAUGAUAUCCCCUGGAAAACAGGCGCUGCGAAUGCACACCGGACCGGGUGGCGAUGAUAUGAUUACUGUUGGCCUCGAGGGUGUGGUCAUGGAUGACGGUGGUGCUCCUGUCGAGGCUGCUCCUCCACCAAAGGCGGGAAGAGCUACACCCAUGGGACAAAAGAUCUGA